CCUUUGAAACGUGGUAGCUCGGCUCUGGCAGCGGCGACCACGCCAUUUGGAUACUCCGGGCAGGCAGAUCUAGGCUCUGCUGGUAGUACCACUGCAACUACUAACACCAUUGCACAAAACUCGCAAUCAGGCAGGCCUCCCGGGGACUCCCAUAUUUCCACCGAUGGUUUAUGUGGCUCUGCGCCAUCUUCCGUCCUGGCUGCGGUCCGUUCUGCAGGUCCGGAAGAGUUUUUGCGCUCUGUAAACCUUUUUCUAGCUAAUCUGGACUCUCGUUUUCUCUGGCGCUUUAUCGGAAGUCAGUUUAAGCGACUGCUGUUGCCGUGGCAAUCGUCACCUCCAUCCACCGAGGCAUCGUCUGUCACAGAUAUCCCUAAGGAUGACGAGGACCGCCGAAGCUCAAGUCAUAGUCCGACCCAGUCUACCAACGUAAUGGCUGUGGACAACCUCUUGCCUGGCCGAUCAGUUGGGUUGAAUGAGUGGUGCCACACCGUCCGAUUCAUUUUGGUUCACUUCCCAAUUGAUACGUAUCCUGACGUUCGGGGUAAACAUCUGCCUUGGUUGGUGACUCAAAUUAUCGACUGGACUCUGCAGCGGAUGCAAUCUAAUAUGGAUAGCCAGCAGCAGACGCAGCAACAAAAAAUAACUGCUAUUUCGAACCAGGAGAUGCUAAGCCUACUGCUCGUCCUUCGUUGCAUGCUGGCCCAUGUAGUCGAGUGUAACGUCGGCGCACUGGUGAAAAUAACGGUCGGAAUUGUUGGCUCAGUUGUCAUGAGGGAAGGCAAAUCCACUUCUGGUUGUCCUGAUUCCUAA